AUGCUGGUUACUACCACAUCGCUGCAGUUGGGGGCAUUGGACGCCAGCAUGGUAUCCUUCGUAGCGACCUUCUCCAAGGUUAUCCUGAGCCUGCUUGGCUGCGCCAUGCUGCUGCUGCUCCUUGGCACCAGCUCUGCUCUCUUCUACCGCGGGGCGCUGGGUGGACAGAGGGAGAUCUACCUCUUCAACUUGCAGAAGGUGCCAUCUGCCAUUUCCAUGUCCGGAAAGCUGAAGAUCAUUGCCACGGAGUUGGCCAGCAUGCACACCGAAGACGUUUGCCAGUCCAUUGAGACGAUGUCCGUUGUUGACCUGAACCUCCUCCUUGCGAGCAUGUCUCUCUUGGCGAUGGAGGUAGUGCCCCAGGUGCAAGAACAGAUGUCCUUCCACCGCCGGUCGUCACUGAGAAUGACGAGUCGGAUUAGCACGAACUCCUUCGCUGUGAAGCCGCUGUCGCAGGCGGAACGCAUGGCAAAGAUCCAGAGCUUGAGAUCACAGCGCAGCUCAGGCAAUUCUGCUGCAAGCGUGCCGGUCCGCGCAGAGGUUCCGUGCUUGGCGGUGCAGCUUCACGAGGCGUCGUUUCAAGCGUGUGGGAAGCAGGACGACGGCCUCUACAAGAAGCCGGUAGGAAACGAGGUGGUGCACAUGUAUAUUUGA